AUGAUAAGCAAAAUGAUCAUGGAUCGCUAGAAGAAGACAUAAAAUAUUGAUGAAAAUGAAUUGGAUUCUUUCAAUCGAUAUUUGUAAAGGGAUAAUCAACCUUUAAAUUUAGGCACCUAACUCUCUUAUUCGAAAAUCAAAGUAAAUGUUGGAAUGCCAAUAAUAACUGAAUAACAAAACGAAACCCUCGGUAACACUCAUCAAUCAACUGUGUAGCAAAGUAAAAAUGCAUCGCCUCAAAAGAUAAGCAUUGCAAUGGAAGACAUCAGGUUGAACAUUAGAAUAGUUUUCAAAUUUUAUGCAAGUUUUGGAAAUAGAAACAAUACUAGGUUUUUGAAAUCAAACAAAUUUAUCAAAAUGUUGUCCGAUGCUCAAAUAAUGCCAUAAUUAUUGUCAAAUCGAGAUUGUGAUAUUCUAUAUGCCUAGCAAACAAAAAAUAAUGAAAGUCUCACACUUGAACAAUUUUAAAACUUAAUACCGAAAUUAGCUAUGAUUCUCUACCCUUAACAAAAAGUUCACUAAGCAUUUCAAAAAUUAUAUAAUGAAUAUCUCUCAUAGUUAUCUUAAAAAAUAUUAAAUUUUACUGAAUUUGGACAAUAAAUUCAAUUCGUACUCUAACCAAUAGGCAAUUAAAUUAAAGAGUUUGUAGAACCAAUCUAAUAGUAAUUAACCAAUUUACAUAAAUUUAUUUUUGAAGACUAAAGCACAAACAUAAACAAAGUCUAAUGGAAAUUCAUGUAAUUUUUAACUUAAUGCGAAAUAUUACCUAAUUAUAUUAAUUAAUCCUAAGCUCAAUUGAUUUUUGAUAACAUAUAAAUAAGGUAGCCUACUCUAAAUCUAUAAGAAAGUGGAAAUUACUUAUUUAGUUUGAAUAAUUUUGUUGAAAGUUUGAUUAUAAUAUCAAGAACAGUUCCAAAUUUAGAUGAGUUUACUCAAUUUAGACUAUUGCUUGAUAAAAUUGAAUAGUCAGAAGGUUUUAGUUAAUAUUUAAGAAAUCUCAAUCGAACACAGAGUGAUAAGGUGAGAUUGUUUUAUAACAUAGAAAAAAGUGGAAUCUAUAAAUAAGAAAAUCUAAUUCAAUAAAGUUAGGUGAUUUAAAAUACUUAGAAUAAUGUGAGUCACACAAACAUAUAAGUUUUAAAUACUAAUAAGAAAGUGGAUGAAAGCAGGGUUAAUCUUUCUAUGAUGAAAUAAUCCAAAUAUUUAUAAGAUAUAGAUUAAUCUUACAUUUCUUCAUUGAAGAAGUUAUUUGAGUUCUUUGCAUAGAGUGGAGAACCUAGCAACAUUUAAUCUUUAAAAAAUACAAAAUUCAAUAAAUUAUUAUUGCACUCUGGGAUUUUGAACAAUUUAAUUACUAUAACUGAUUCUGAUAUGAUCUAUUCAAAAUUAUGUGGUCUUUAAUCCAUUAAAACUUAAUAAAAAAAUAAAUAAUUGACAAAUGGUAAAAUGACCUUUGGAUAAUUUCAAAUUAGUUUGGGAAUCAUAGCUGAGAAAUGUGGAAUGGAUAUAAAUGAGUUGAUUCAAUAAAACAUUCUACCUUUAGAAAAAUAAAUUUCUGAUGACAAUAAAGAAUAAAUCCUUUAGGUUUUGGUUGAUUUACUACAAGAUGAAUAAAUUAUUUAACUAUAUGAGAUGAUCUAAACAGUUUUUGAUUGGUAUUUUUAGGAAUAUUCUAAAUAAUAAAGUUCAAUUUUGUAUUUAUCAGAGUUUCUGAAAUUUUGUUAAGACUUUGAGCUUUCCAAUAUUCUAAUAUCUCAAACUCAACUGACUUCCAUAUUUUAUUCUGUAGCAUCACUUAAUUAGGAAGGGUAAGAAUACUCAGACUAAAUUUUCCUUGAUAAAUCCUAAUUUGUUGAGGCCAUCAGUAUCAUAGCCAUUCAAAUUUACUCUACAAUUCCAAAUAACAUUUAACGAAUUGUAUAUCUUCUUGAAAGAAUAUUUUAGUCUCAAAAUGCUUCGAAAAUCUAUGUUAAGCAAAACAAGUUAUAAGCUAGAUUUCAGAAUGUUAUUGAGGAGAUUAAAUAUCGAUUUUUAGAAAAGGAUAAAGUGCGUUAAGAGGAAGAAUAGUAUAAUUUUGAUGAUUUAGUAAAUGGAACUAUUUAAUAAUUUUAAUGA